AUGGCACCCACCAAGCAACCAACCCCCAAACCCUUCCACUUCUUCUCCCUCCCCGGCGAACUCCGCAACGAGAUCUACGACAACCUCUCAACCGGCCCCCUCCCCGUCCCAAACCGCCGCUUCAACAGAAAAGACCUGCACGCCACCAUCAAAGACGGUCUAUGCCCAAACUUCCAGCUCGUCAACCGACAAUUCCGCUCCGAGUACGAACAGCGGCACGCAAACCGCAGCAUCCUGAUCGUCGACGUGCUAGUCCCAGACCUCAACCCAGGCUUCUUCAUCCAGCCUCGGCAGAUGCGGCGUUGUGUCGGUCUCGAGGUCGUCCUGCGAUGUCGUGGCGGUUCGAUAAUUGGUCAUAAUAUGGAGUUCCAGUCGGAGGCUGUGCCUAACAUAGUGGAAUGCUUACCGAAUAUCAAGAAGGCGGAGGUCAAAGUGCUGAUUACGCGGUGUCAGGAUCCUGCGGCGCCGAAGUCGACGCAAGAGAUUCUGCAGCGGACGCAUCAUGCGCUGAUUGACAAGUUUUUGGAGACUGAGGAGAUGGUGGCUUUGAGGGUGCUUUUGGCUGAUGACCUUAAGGAUGGGGUAUACGUCAAAGAGAAGGACCAUGGGGUGUUGAGAACACUCGGCGAGUGGAAGCGUGGUGAUGGAUGGAAGUAUGCCGAGUGA